GGAUCUGCUUCCUACCCGGAACCUCAUAUAGGGAUCUGCUUCCUACCCGGAACCUCAUAUAGGGAUCUGCUUAUUACCCUGAACCUGCACUAUGCAGGGACUUGGGAGAGACACACAGAACAGGGACUCCCCAAAGAGGGAGAAGGAUCUGAGGGGCUCAGCAAUACUGCACCAGCAGAGACGCCUCAAACAAGCCACGCAGUUUGUGCACCAAGACUCUGCGGAUCUUCUGCCACUGGACCAGCUGCGGAGACUGGGGACCAGUAAAGACCUGCAGCCACACAGUGUGAUCCAGAGACGGCUCAUGGGGGGCAGCCUGAGCAUUGAAAGCGAUAACCCUGUAUUUCCAACUUCCCCGUGCAACAGGGGGAGAGACGCACCCCCCAGGGUGAUGAGACGAUACAGCCAACUAAGUUGGGUGAGGAGACCCCCGGUGGCUGGAAGGAACAAGCUCUACUCAUACCCUGCAAGGUUUGUGGCCACGAUGCAAGGGCCAAGCUAUGCACGGAACAUCAACAGAACCUCAUCUCCCGGAGCUGCACGGAAAGGCUGGGGGCCCCAAUUUCACAUUACAAAGUUGCAUCAGGACUUUAUGGACCUAGGAAUGAUACGGACUGGAGCCUGGAAUUUACUGUAAGUACUGGAUGUGCUGAAGGAGCUGCUGGGCUUCAGGAAGGGGACUGGGUACUAGGAAGCCCCAGGGGGGGCAAUUGCAACAGGAAGUUGCCUGAGAGGGGGCACAUCAUUGGGCCUUUCAAAACGAGGCUGCAGAGACCCUAGUGGCACAGACUGGGGGCUUUCUGGUAGGAGGUGUCUGUUGAAAUUAGAAAUUAAUUCUAACUUAGGGAAUUGCUACAAGGUGACUCUGGGACUUGGGGUGUCAUAGUCAGGUAAGUAGUGGAACUUUGGCACCCUGAGUACCCCAAGAACUUAAAUAAAGAGCUGAUUAUAUUAUAUGGAACUGGGGGUUGGAUAUUUGGGAGUCUUGAUUGUCUCAGCAAAAGUAACUAGUAGUAAAAAGUGGAACUUUGGCACCCUGAGUACCCCAAUAACUGAAAUAAAGAGCUCGUUAUAUUAUAUGGAACUGGGGGUUGGAUAUUUGGGAGUCUUGAUUGUCCCAGCAAAAGUAUCUGCCUGCCUCUGUGGCAGAAUUAGGGGACUCUGUGGGCUUCACAGGGGGGUUCCUGCUGUCCCGGGGGCUGUGGGAGAUACAGUAAUAGAAGCCACAGGGAGUACCUGUAGAUAUUGGGGUGCAAACUCAACGUUAGCCCAGUGUCACAACCACCAGCGAGGGGAAUAAAGUGAUCUUUUUGUCAACAGUCUCAGGGAAUCCCUAAGUGUUAGACUGUAUUUGCUUCCUCCGGUGUUGGUAACAUCAGGCACUGGUUACUGAGGGAACAGGAGAGACGGGGAGUAAAUCCGUGGCUGUAGUGAAGGAUCACAGAGAAAACUCGAUGAGGGACGUUACUUCAUGACAGAGAAAGGAGCCUCUGGCUUUAUCCAAGCAAGAUCUGGGAUGCUUAUCCGCACUAUACCGCUUGUCUAGUUCUAUACCCACCUGAGGAUUAACACUUGUUUGGAAUGGCCGCCUACAUCGAAUUUGUGCCCCCUCCGGAAUGCCCGGUGUUCGAGCCCAGCUGGGAGGAAUUCUCUGAUCCCCUGAGUUUCAUCGGACGCAUCCGACCGAUUGCUGAAAAGACAGGGAUAUGCAAAAUCCCACCUCCCAAGGACUGGCAGCCGCCCUUUGCCUGCGAUGUCAAAAGCUUCUGCUUCACCCCUCGGGUACAGCGCCUCAACGAACUAGAGGCAAUGACCCGUGUCAAACUCGAUUUCUUGGAUCAGCUGGGAAAAUUUUGGGAGCUGCAAGGUUCCGCGCUCAGAAUUCCAGUGGUGGAUGGCAAGCUGUUGGGUGUGUAUGCACUGAGCAAGGUGGUUUCCAGUGAGGGGGGCUUUGAGGUUGUCACUAAAGAGAAGAAAUGGUCUCAGGUGGGCAAUCGGAUGGGAUACCAGCCAGGCAAAGGCACAGGCUCUCUUCUGAAGUUGCACUAUGACCGAAUCCUCUACCCCUACGAGCUGUUCCAGUCUGGCGUCAGCCUGAUGGUAAGAAAUGCACCUAGAAUAUUCUAGAGAGAAACCUUCUGUUUCAGUUUUUAGUAAAGGUACCGGUAUAGGACCUGUUAUCCAGAAUGCUCGGGACCUGGGGCUUUUCAGAUAAGGGUUCUUUCCGUAAUUUGGAUCAU